CCCUGUCGCUGGACGCACAACGGGCAGGAAUGCGGUAUGCACGUUAUGGGUGAUCGUAUACGAUUGGCAAGGCAUAUACAGAGGUGGCACAUGGCUCACGCAGCACACAGUCAAAGGCAGGCCCCUUGCCGCUGGGGUGGCUGUGGAAAGGUAAUGAAGAGAGAGAACGUCGUCCGACAUGUCAUCGUCACCCAUCUCAAGAUGAAAUGGUGCUGCUCAGUAUGUCGCAUCAAGCUAUCUCGCGAUGAUGCCUCUGCGAGGCAU